GGUGCCCUUCGUCGUGCGAUAUCCCUGCAGUGGCGGCUUGUUCUUUCUUUCUCUGAUUUUGACAUUCGUCGAUGCAAAAAUGGCUCAGAGUCUAGCUGAGCAAGAAAAGGAGAUCAAGGAUAUUGUCGGACGAGCAGAGAAGCAUCCAGACAGAACCGGAACUACGCGGCGUGAAGCGUUUGAAAGAUUGAUAGACCUUACGCACUCAUCCUAUGCUCCUCUAAAAAGCUAUGCUGCAGGGAAUAUCCGACUUUUUUUCAGGGACUUUCCUGAUCUUGAAGAGGAUGCCAUCAACGCAGUUUAUGAUCUUUGUGAAGACCAGGAUUCAAAAGUUCGUGUAGAUGGCUACGGUGCCAUUGUGCAAGUCUCGAAAGAAGAAAAGAGAUGGGUAAAAAGGAAUGCCGACGUGCUUGUGCAGUUGCUUCAGAGUGAUGAAGCAGAAGAGGUCACUUUUGUCAAGAAGGCUCUUCUAGAGCACCUUGACAUGGAUCCUCGUAUUACUCUGGGUGUUCUAUGCGAUCAGAUUAUGCCUUCACAAGAGCCACUGGACGAAGAGGAACAACGCAUCAGGGAGCGUCUGCGAUCACUUGUCAUAACCUUUUUGGCUAGAGAAGCCAAAAUGGCCAUUGUCGAGAGAUAUACCAAUCCUCCGGGGGGCGAGCCAGAGAAUGUCCUCGUCGGAGGGCUUCUCUCAGCAAUGACUAGACUGAACAAUUCUGAAGUCGAGAUGGCUGUAAAGGACCUUCUUCUAUCUCUUCCAUGUUAUCAGUCUUACUCAUCGCGCGGAGACGAGUUACUCGGGGUGUUCCUUGACAAAGCAAGAUCAUCUCUACGGGACCGAUCAAGUGAUCCAGCAUCAAUGGAAACUAUUGACUUUUGCCUCUCACUAGCGGACUUGAUUGUCUUUCAAAAACGCAUAUCUUCUCCUGCUCUCUUGUUACAAUUUUUUUGUACCUCUCUAACGGGGAAGCUAGUGCUUCAGAGAUUUUCUCGGGACCAUCGGUUUAUGGUAGUUGGUCGAAUAGCGGAUACAUUUGAUGCCUGCGAGUCGGAAAGUCGACACAAUGCUCGUGGAUGUAGCCCUGAGAAGCUAUCACACCUUCGAAAACAAGUUGUUGAUGCAUCUCCUAUCCUUUUGGAGGUUCUUCUAGAAGAUAAAACCCUCUCAUCCAGAAUGUGGCAAAUACUAAAAGUAUUGCUGAAAGCUUGUAUCGUUCGAGCACAACGAGACAACUGGCCCAUCCCUGCACAUCUCCUCAAUAUGGCACACAAAUUCCAAAGCCUGGUCGACAGUCAAGCUCAAGAUAAUGAUUUAAUACGAGAUGUGCAAAACCUCAUUAGGUUACUGAUCAAGCGUCGUGAUACGACACCUCCUCAAGUACCCGCCACAAGUGCUACCAGUUCAAAGGUUCCGGUAAAGGUCGAGUCAAAUGCAUUUGACUCGUCUCGACGGUCUAGGAACAAAGUAGAGACUUCUGACCGCCCCAGUAAUGGCCGCCCGAAUGAUCAACGUCUGGCCAUUGCCUCGCAUGAUGGUAAUAUUACUGGAAAUGAACUGCCUUCAACGUCGUUAUCUACCACCGAAGAUGCUCAAGCCAAGAAGACUGGGGCCAUCUCAAAACCGAAACGUACCAUUACGGGUGAUGAAAAUACACGAUCAAAGAGAGCUAAAACUAGUAUGAAAGGACAAGAUGAUCAUUCGCGCUCGUUGCUAAGCCGUAUGACAUCGGCAAAUACUGAUGUUCUACCUGGUCCUGCCCCAAGGCGUACCAGCGCUCAAAAUAAGAAACGAGCAUCCAAAUCAAAAUCACCUGAAUUUGAUAAAGUUCCAACAGUCGGAUAUAGCAUAAAGGGUGCUGCGAGUGCUCGGCGGAAUGAGGGCAGUGGUGCAAGUGUUCCAACGAACCCCUCAUUGUUGGACAGGUUGCACAGUCGUUGACGCGCUAAUGGGUUGAGAUCGACAGUCGAGAUGCAGUGACGGCUGGUGUAGGAGAUAUUUUGGGCAAGGCUUCAUAGAGUUUUAUCCGCAGAACCGGAAGUGCUGAUUACUUUGGUAUGCAGUAUAAAUUUAAAUACUAUGACGUGGAAAUCCAGAGUUUGGCUCUAUGAUCGAGAUUUAUACCCACUAUU